AUGUUUGUAACAUUAAAAUAUAAAGCAAGAAAACGUCGAUCAAUACUGGAUGAUGAUUCAGAUUCAAAAUACUAUUCGAUGAAGAUCAGUAAUGAAUUUGAGGGAACUAAUGAAGAACCUAUGAUCGAUGUAGGAAAUGAACCAAUAAAUUCAAAUUAUAUCAGUCUCAAGAAAAACAACAAAGACGAACCUAUCUCACUACCUUCGUCAUCAUCAUCACAUACCUCCAAUUCAACAACACCUACAUCACCACAAAAUAAAAACACACAUUCAUCAAAUAUAACAACACCAAUUAAACAACAUUCCAAUUUAUUUGUAUCUAUAAAAACCACUCCGAAAAAAUUGCAAAUGUUAACUCCUUCAAAAAUUGUUAAACUACAGUAUUCCGAUAAAAAAACUCGAGACAAAUCAAGCAAAUCAAUAAUAGCGGAUGAUGAUAAAAUGCAAGAAGAAAAUUUGGAACCAUUUUCAAAACAAAAAUCUAAUGAACCCAAAGAUUUAUCAACUACAUCAAGAACUACAUCACCUCAUAUCAUAAGUUCAAAAAUUACAAAUUUAGACGAAAAAAUAGAUGAUUCAUCAAGAUCAGUUUCCUCUUCGCCGCUUAAAAAUCAGCUACAAUCAGAUUUAGAACAUGCAAAAUCCACAGGAACCCCACUGCCAAAAAUAAAUGCUCCACUUGAACAUGAUUUAAAUUUGUCAGAACAAGAUUUUGAAUAUAAUUUUCCAGAAAUUAAUCUUUCUGAUACAAAUGACACUCCAUUAGAAGACAAAAUCACAAAUACUUCUGCUGUUAUCGACAAACCAAAUGAACCUACCAAACGAAUAACGACUGAAAAACCAUCAUCAGUUGAAAAUAAUGAUAAUAAAAAUGAACUACCAGAUAAAGAAGAGCGAGAAGAUAGUUUGGAAAGAGAAUUAAACGAACUACUAGCAGAAGUACCAGAAUUUGAACCAAAAGAGACAGAAAAGAAUGAAAGAGAAGAUGAAGAAGAAGAUUCACACGUUGAACAAGUCUCGCCAAUACCAAUACCAUCACCUACACCAACACCAAAAUCUACACCAGCACCAAUGCCCUUACCAGCAGAAUCACCGGUACAGACACCAACCGAGACUGAAGUUGUUAUCGAACAAGAACAACACCCAACACCGAAAGUCAAUCGAAAAACAGUUCUUGAAUCUUUAGAAGAAAUAUCAAAAUAUGACGAAUUCAUGAAAGCUAUAAUAAAAGGUAAUGAAAAGGAAGAAGUAAAGGAGAAAUCAAGAAAUAAUCGAACACUAUUAAAAUCUCAACAACUUGAACUUGAUUGGUUGAAAAAUACAAUAAAUAUAGCUAAUAGAUUGCAUGAUUUGAAAGAUACUUAUAAAACUAUUCAACUGAUUAAGGAAAGAAGGAAACGUGGAAAGACUAAAUUAGCAAGUGGUGGAGAAAAUGAGCAAAAUUCUAUAAAUUUAGAUGAUGAGGAAGAAGGUGAUGAUGUUGAUUUGUAA